ACAGAAGUCCACUACUUCCGGUUAAAACCCCUUGUCCGGAGGGUGACGUGGUUUAAACGACGUUGGCCACCUCGCCUCGCCUCUCUCCCAUCUCUCUCCUUUGGACCCCCCACGUGUCUAUUUCUUCAGAGGAGGCGUUUUCUUUUAACUCAAGCGGAAGUUGGCAAAACGGAUUGUCAAGAUGUCAGAUUCAGACUCCGGUUCUGAAUAUCUUGAUUGCGGGGAUCUCAGGAGACAGACACAACGUAUAUUUGGUCAUGACUUUCCAGUUUUAACCCUACAUCCGUCAGAGGAGACGUAUAAAACGUGGCACAGCUUUCCUCUUAGUGUCAGAUUGAAACAUGGCAAGGCGCUGAAGGUGUGUUCCUUCUGGCUUCCCAUGGUGCUGCAGCGCCAGCGGGUCAACAGCACUACCCGCUGGGCCAUGCAAGUGGGCUUCAUAGACACAGUUGAAAGUGACUUGGAGUUGACCCACGUGUACAAGAUAGAAGUUAUUGAGUCUGUUCUCAGAGCACUGGACAGAGGAUGUGUCAGUUUGGACAACACCAAGCACCUGAUUUGGAUUAGCAAUAAUUUGAACUUGCAUGUCCCAGAGGUACUUGAUGAUGCCCUACAGUGGCUACAGCGAACAGGAGAGCCCAACAUCUGCCAACAAGUUCUGGAUCUUGGCCCAAAAGAAAUCUGCUUCCUUGCAAUACAAUACAUCUUUGCAGAAUACGCUCAGUUUGUUCAGUCCAUGGGCGUUAAUGCAGAAGGAAUGGUGAGAGCCUUGACUCGUCAUCACAAUGAGGCCGACAAAGUGAAAAGUGAAGAUAUGAAAACGAAAGGGAAUACAUUCUUUCAAAAGAAAGAUUACGGGGCUGCUAUUAAGUGUUACACUCAAGCCAUCAGACAUACCCCUGAGAACCAUAUGGUGUAUGCAAACCGAGCCUUGUGUUAUAUCCGUGUCGAGAAAUAUUUAAAAGCUGUUGGAGAUGGAAAACGAGCCACUUUGCUUGAGCCAUUCUGGGCAAAGGGUCACUACCGUUACUGUGAGGCAUUGUUCUCCCUUAAAGAGCACAGAAAAGCCAUCGAAGCUAAUGAAUUAGCACAGUUCAUUUGCAUACCCAGCGGUGAUGGUCUGAAGGACCUUGUGCAGCAAAAGAAAAAAUUCAUCUCGGAAAUGACAGAGAAAGCCGGACCACUGCCAGAAACCAAGAAUAAACGACAAGGUAUUAGCAGCAAGUCCAGUCCUGGAACCUCGCUCCCAUCUACAGACAUGCCUGCAGUUAAAGUCGACACAAAACUGGCAACUGGCAAAGUCCCACAUGUCAAGGCGAAAAAGACCAAUCCAGGGUUGAAGGAAGGCAUUACCCCUGCAAUGAUCAAUUCCAAACUCUCCAAACAGCAAAAAAGUGAGACUGAUAGGAGUAAGAACGAAGGCCCGAAAGUCGUCAUGACGAACAAGUCCAACAAUGAGAAGGAUCAUUCUAAGGAAAAGAAUGUAGCGAAGAGUCCCAAAACAAACGUGGCCUGCAUCGCAGCCCUGCGGUCAGCAGUGCAGGACGGCUACGUGGCCCUCGCUGACCUUAGAUGCUGGCUGGCAGAGAAGGCCUUCUCCCAGGCGCUCGCGUUGCUCCAAACGACCCCACCCAAGGACCUUGGAAUCUCGACCCUGGAUGAAGCGGUGUUGCACUAUGGCCGUGCGUCCGCCCUGAUUGAAAUUGGCCAACCACAGGAACUUGGAGAGGCACUAAGAGAAUUUGACAUUAUCAAAACCUUUGAGAAACGCACAUUUGAGUGUCUUGUAUACUAUGGGAUUGGCAGGGUAUAUUUUAAGGAGAACAGGUUCAAAGAUGCACUGGCACAUUUCACAGACUCCAUGCAGAUGGUCACCAAACGGAUCACUCCUGGAAAACUCACCUGGCCGUUGACCAAAGAGAUUGUCAAAGAAACCCAGCUGGACUACUUUAAGGAGUCACUUUUGGAAUUGAUGGCGUCAUGUCAAUUUCCACCUAUGCCAGAUGCAAUUUGUCGCCAUGGAAACUGCAUUGGUCACAUAAAAACUGCGAUCUACUUCACAGAUCCAGAUUUUAAGGGGUUCAUUCGACUAGUUUGCUGCCAAGGUUGUGUUGUGGAGUAUCACAUUAGCUGUUGGAAAAGCCUCAAGACGACAUUAUUCUCCGAUAGUAAUGAAAAGGAUUUUCUGCAACGGGACUGUUUGACUCCGGACUGCAAAUCGUCAAUUUGUAGUAUACAAAUCUAUGGUUCUACUGGUCUAAUUAAGUGUAAGUUUGAAACGGUCAUCCGAAAGCCUGAGCGUCUGAGGAAGUUCAGAGUGAAUCAGAAAUGUACAAGUCUCAAGAAUCUACAAUCCAAGGAAGAGCGAAAGCUCAGGAGAAAACAAGCGAAGCAAGUAUCCAAAGACACAAUUAUCACGGACAGCAACGACCGCCAAGAAGAACGAGAUGCCGCCAGAGAAGAGCAGAGUUGCCAGGAAGCGGGCCCCAGCAGCGGCCGGUCCCUGCUCAGGGACCGCGGGCUGUUCCAGCUGCAGCAGAACCGAGAACUCCUGGGAGAGUGGCGGGGGGACGACCUGCCAGCCCUGGUGGCCCGCCUGAUGCCCUGGGUGGAGCUGGACAGCUCCAAGGGCAACGCGGUGGCCGCCAGGAUCCUGGGCAUGGGGCCCUCGCAGGUGGAGACGCUGGGGCAGGUGGUGGACCUGCUGCUGGAGCGAGAGAACAGAGUGUGGGCCCGCGUGCUCAUCGAGUUCCUCGGCGGUAGCCUGAAGUGGGCCCGGCGGCUGGACAAUGAAGGUCUGAACGCCGCCCGUGUGUUCAUGGAGACUCACGCAGGGCAUUUGGAGUUGAUAGACCCGUCCUCUCUCUUACACUUUGCGCCGAUGAAAAUGGUGAGGAAGUUUGAAUCCCAGCCUGAGCUCCUGAGGCAGCCUGGCAUCACGUUACUGCAGUACCUAAAGGGGGCCCCUGCCCAAGACUUGAGGGUGUUUAUCUGGACCCUUGAGGAGCACCGGGGCCAGUUUGAAUGCUGCCACACUAUGCUCGAUGAGUUCUUUGAUAUUUUGGACGGCGAUUGCGUCAUCAUGAAAAAGUCUGAUAAUUUGAAUGAAAAUAACUCACCUGUUAAGACUCGUAACAAACGCCGAAAAAAGAAACCUAAAGACCAAAAGGCUGUUCUAGUCCCGUCGGGCAUGAGGGGCGGCACGCAGAGACAUGAGCAGGACUUCUUUGAUGAUGAUGACUCUUUGUCAUACCUGGGCUCCGGUGAUCCAUUCAGCGUACCCGAUCACCUGCGAGAUCAAGUGGCGUCUUUUGAGUCCCACUACAAUCCCCCCACCCCUAAGACCAUUCUGGACGACAACCCUGACCCCACCGAGGAGAGCCUGUAUGACUACUUUGCCCAAAUCCUGGAGGAGCACGGCCCCCUGGGGGCCGGGGACCCCCUGCUACUGGGCCAGCUGGACCUAUUCCCCCCUGAGGCUCGGCAGAGGAUCCAGCGCUCAGGGGGCUUCAGGACCUUCAUGCUGCAGUCACCGCGCUUCGUCCUGAUGGGCGAGCACAUCGGCCUUGACCGGCCCGCCGUCUCCCUGCAGGGAGCGUGGGGUGGCCUGGACCACCUGGACGAGCUGCAGCCCCAGAGCCCAGGGCCGCCCGCCACUCCAUCACCGUACGAUGAGUACCAACAGCUACUGGCCCUGCCGUGUCCCUACCCUUAUUAUGCCGACCAAAAGCCCAGUAGCACGUCAGCAAGCGCGGACUGUGUUUCAAACUCCUCUGGGACGACUGGAAGUGAUGCAGGGGUGAACACCAGUCAUCACUUCAACCACUCCUCAGGAAGUGACUCCGGGGACUUGGAACCGAAGAGCAGCGAGGCCUGUCGAGCCGACUGCGAGGAUGUGGCGGUCAAUGCAGAGAAUGGGUGUGAACAACACAACGAAGUGGCGCAAAAGUGCCAGGAUCUAGAUCAUCGGUUACGGUACCUGGAGAAGGCCGUCCAACACAAAAUCAGCGUGGCGGCUCUGGAGAAAGCCAUAGAGGAGACCAACACCAACAUACAAGUGACCAAUAAAGAGGUGGAGCUCUUCCAGCAGAAGCUUGAGGAGAUGGUGAGGAGAGACCAGAAAGAGAAGAGGGCCAAUCAGGAGGAACUCAAGGCCCUGAAGAUGGAGAGCGAGGAGCUGGCGGGGCAGCAGGCCAGGCUCUCCAGAAGUCUGCAGGAGAAGCGUAUCAAGUAUGAUAAACAGCUGAGGGACUUCUGUGAUCUGAGUAAUCAGUCAGCAGCAGAGAAGAUGAGCCUGGAGGAUGAAAUAAAACGAUGUCUGGUUUUAUGUACCAAGGCAGCUGCAAGGUCUCGGAAAGCAGAGCUGUCAACACUGGAAAUCAAUCAAAAGCAAAGCUUGCACUGCCUGAAUAAGUCCCUCUCCGACAGCCUGGAGAUUCUGCUCAAGCUAGAGGAGGUGGCCCCCAGGUAUCCUCCACAGGUCAUGGCCGUGUUCCAGCUGCGAUGGAGGCAGUGUGUCCAGGAGGCCAGGGAGAAGAUCUCCGUGGUGGAGAGUCAGUACCAGGAGCAGGCUGAGCAGGUGAAGAGGGGGGCGAGGCUGAGUGCGCUGCCCCCAAUCCGCGUGCCCAAUGCCCCAGAGCCCCCCGUCGCUGUGACGUUUUCAUCCAUCCAGAAGUUGUCUUUCGCUGAGGGCCACAGCGCCCCCCUGGCUCCGAGCCAGCAUCGGUCUGAACCACAGCCAUGUGGGCCCUCGCAGGCCCAGUCCUGGGGGUCCACACAGGUCCAGGCUGCUGAGGCCCCCCAGGUCCCCGUCUACCCACCACCCAGCCAGAGGAACCGGCCCCUGGAGCCGCAGCAAGCCACCAAGUUUGACAAAAUCCUGGAGCAGCUCAGCAUCAUGUUCCCCGACUACAGCAGGCAGGAGUUGAUGAAGUCUGUUCAAACGUUUCGCCGGUCAAACGGCGGCGCUCUGACCACAGUGACCUUUGAAGACGUCAUCAACGGCGUCUCUCAGAUCAUCCUGGACCACCAGGGGUUGGAUUACAGCGCCCAGCCCCCCAACGCAGGAAGCGGUGUGCGGCAGCAGAACGGGACCUCCGCCGCCCUCCCGCCCGCCUCCCACGUCUGGCUUCCGCUGGGAACGCCCAGGCACUGCCCCACCAACGCUCUCAACAUGGAGGACCCGUGUAUCAUCUGCCAUGACGACAUGCCCCCGGAGAGUGUGUGCGUGCUGCAGUGCAGGCACAGCUUCCACAAAGAGUGCAUCAGGUCGUGGCUGAAGGAGCAGAGCACGUGCCCGACGUGCCGGAAGCACGCCUUGCUGCCAGAGGACUUCCCCAUGCUGGCGGGGCGGUGGCCAACGGGACGCCCCGCCCCUUCCUUCUCAUAGGCCGGCCUCAGUCUGUCAUAAUGUCUGCUUUAUCAUCUAGUCUGCUCUAUCAAAAUGAUUGCAAUGUAUUUGCUUCAGGCUUUUAAUCAAGCGUAUCGUCUUGCCUAACCAUGGUUUUGCUUAUUAUUUUCUUACAACACUGCAGUUUUAGAAAUCGAUUCUACAUUGCUUUAUUUUAUUCUUUUAAUCUGAUUUAUCGAAAUUGUUCCUCAAUGUUUCCGAGUCAAACAUGCCUGUGCGGCAAAUAUUGAAUAAACAGCGGUACAUUCCUUCAAAGAAGAUUGCCUAGCGAAAUCACCAUCUAGGAACUUUAAGUAGGCUCAUGUUAUAUUUCAUGGGCACAUAGCUAAUAACUGACAGAAAGGUAUGCAAUACACAUUCCAAGUAUAUAACCAUUAAAUAAUUUUGUUGUAUACAUUAAUGCUUUUAAGUUAUCAUUUAUUAAACAAAAUGUUGAAACAUGUUAUAUUGAAGAUAACAGGACAAAUCCAGAGUUGAUUGGGUGACAUGUCCAAAGCAUUAAUGACUGAUGCAUUGGUCCUUUUAUCUGAAGCCAGGCAGGUCUCAUCGGCAGAAAGAUUUGCAUGUCAAACUCUGCACAACUUCAGUGGAAAGUUCUCAGUAAUCAGGUGGUCGUCAUGGAGGACGAUCACCACGUUGACCUCAAAUUCUAAAAAGGUGGAGAGAAAAGAGUUACAUCUGAACGGUAAAGUACAAAGCCAACUCUUUGAUGUUAAACGAACCAGCUGCUGCUCCACUAUACUCCACGCUUGACAACAGAAUAUCAAGACCCAUAUGGUACCGACUACUCUACGGUUGGCAACAGUGUUGCUUUUACUUUAUCUUAAUAACCAUACUUGAAGAGCCAGGACACAUUUAACAUCGUAAAUGUACAUAAAACUACACUAUUAAGUAGAAGGAAGUAACUGAAACCAUGCCUUAAGGCCUAGCAUGAAGACUACGUUGAAAGGAUGGGAGAGGCAGUGGUGGCGAAUUGACUAGAUAAACACCGAUCCAUGUGUCGACAAGAACAUCAACGAUGGACCAUGGAUGUUUGGAGCUUGAAGUCUGCUUAGGGAAACGUACUGACCCACUUUGAAGUUCGUGGUCUCCAGGGUUGGACAGGUGAAGAGCCGGGGGAAUACCAUGUAGAUGGGGAUGGACAGUCCGUGGCAGACGUCGCCCUCCGCAAUCUGGAUGUUCUGGAUCUCUGUGGCGUCUCGCGCGUACCCUUCAGCGCAGCCUGGGAACACGUUGGGGAAAGACCUCUGAAGACUGGGGCCGCUGCUAUUAAAUGGGCCGGUAACGACUAUGCAACAACUACUGUUCUGUUAAAGAUGUAACAACUUUAUUUUCUUUUGUUACAACAGUGCAGCAGCAGCGGAAGACACAGGAUAAGAUACGAUACAAUAAGAAUAUAAAUUAAUGAUAAACUAAAAAUAGUCGCUGAAGUAGACAAACAGGGUAUCUGCGUCUGCACACAUUCUUAAUGGAAGUGCUUCAAAUAAAACAAUCAGAAAAGUUUGAAGGGGAGGAGAUGUGAAUGAAACACGGUGGUAUGUGCAUGUAGCGAGACAAUCUCACCGCAGGUCUCCACUCGGACCAGCUGCAGCUCGAUGCUCUUGAUGGCCACCUGCGAGUUCUCCACCAUCAGCUCCCCAGUGAGCGGCUCGGUGAUCACACAGUUGGUGGCGUUCAGGUGACCCCUGAUCAGGAACCGAGGCAGCAGACUCCUCUGGAUGAUAGGAGACAUGUUCCCUUGUGCUCAGCAAACCUGAUCUUAAAGGGGCUGUUUAGGUCCAUUUCUUAAGUGACUUGUACCUCCUGAACGUUCUGCAGGGUCUCUGGGGUGAUGGUGAAGUCUACAGGCAUGGCCACCAACUUGGCUUUCUGUGGCUGAGAUUCAACAUAACAAGAUGUAUCACUUGCCAGUCGUGGAUACAUUUACAUUUUUCAAAUUGAACUAAUAAAUACGAGGGGAAACACUUUUGCCGCUUGCAACUAGAACUGCUUUCAUGACCUUAUGUGCAUUCCAAAACUAUUGAGUAUGCUCAAAACCUUUCGCUUAAAGCAGGCAUCUGUAUGGAGGUGUAGCUGCAUCUGUAAAGCUGCUCUGCUUUGGACAAGCGAUUCCGACAAUGACUCUGUAAACAGCCUGAGAAAAUACGCUCAGGGGCAGGACAACCAUUCAGAUUCUCCUUCCGGGGCAUUCCUGACACAAUCCCACACACGUUUAACCACAAAUGAAGCAUUAACUUCAAAGUCAUACCCCGUAACAGUUAAUAGGCAGGAGACUUGUAUACUUCAUUUGA